AACCUGUAGAUUUCAACUGAGGUCAUUCAUCCAAUGGUGUAGUAGCAAGCGAUAGGACAAUUCAUGGAACAAAUCACCACGUCAAUUCUAAAAUCAUUUUUUGUGGAUUCAAAGACAAAAAUUAAUAACGAAGCAGCUUCUCUUUGUGAUCACUUAGUAGAACUCUAUUUAUCAGACCCUUACUCGAUCUAUCGCCAUUGCCAAGCAAAACAAAAGGACAUCAGUUUCCCCCGAAGAUUUCGAGAACAUCAUUGUCCAAAUUUUCCUAGAUUUUUCUGCUUGAUCUCUACAAUGUCGUCGACAGAAUUAAGAAGUCUAUUGUUGUUGGUACUAGAUAUGACUCCCGCCUCAUGGGGUUCUUGUACAAGUGAAUUUAAUUUACCAAAUUGCAUUGAGGCAGCCCUUGGUUUCGCAAAUAGUCAUUUAAUGUUGUCUCCACAUAACGAGUUAGCAGUAAUAGGAGUUACACCUUCUGAAAUAAAGUUUAUUUAUCCAAACGAAUCGGAACCUCCAACUAGUGCUUCAAAUGAUGGCCAGAAUGACGCACUUAGCUGUAUGAAUAACACUGUCAGGCAACUAGCAUUAAACCUUGUGACCUCCUGUUCCUCUACAAGCACACAAAUUGUUUUGGCUGGUGCGAUAAUAAAAGCAUUGUGUUAUUACCUUCGGCGCUGUCGUGAAUUGCAGCCAUCUACAAGACAUUUAAAUGACUCAUUAGAUAUGACUAUGGAGUUUAGCGAAGGGAGUGAAAAGAUUUCUUCUCGGAUACUGAUUAUUAAGGCGUCUGAUGACAAUUCUUCUCAAUACCUAGCGUUGAUGAAUUCUGUAUUCACAGCUCAAAAGCUUCAUGUUCCAAUAGACACAUGUGUGUUGUCGUUACCACAACAGUCAGAUAAUUUAAAUGGCAGAUGUGGGCUAAGUUCUCUUGGACACUCAAGUCUUCUUCAACAGGCUGCAGAUCUAACUGGUGGAAUUUACUUGCAAGUACCAAGAGUUUCUGGAUUACUACAGUAUUUGUUAUCAGUAUUUUUGCCGUCAUCUAAAAUGAGAUCAUCUCUUUUACUUCCAGAUAGUCGGUCCAGUGGUGUUGACUUUCGAGCUGCAUGCUUUUGUCAUAAACGAUUGAUUGAUAUUGGUUAUGUUUGUUCAAUAUGUUUGUCCGUAUUUUGUGAGUUUAACCCGAUAUGCCCUACUUGUAAUACUCCAUUUUUGUUACCAGCUGUACAAAACAUGUAA